GAAAGCAAGUGUUCUCACAAUUGCACAACUCUUUUAAAAGAGAUCGCAUGAAAGAGAUAAGCGAGCCAUUUUAUGUUCCUCAUCAUUCCUGAGUCUCUACUAAAGAUAGAAAAAAGAUAAGUGUGCAUUCUGCUUGGCACCGCAUUUUUUUUUCAUACAACACGCUAAUUUUAUAAUAACUUAAUAAAGAUGAAAUUUAUUGAAAGUUUUUCAAAUAUUGGGCGCACAGCAAUUAUAACUGAUCUUCCAAAACCUUGGAACUCUGAGAUAUUUCAGACUCCCAUGGUUUUAACUUAUGCUAAAGGAGGUACAGUGCCACAUUUAACUUUUAAUUCCUUGCAGAGACUGAAAAAUCAUAAAAUGCUGUUAUUAAAUACAUUACCAACAGUUGUAGAGUUCAAAGAAGCAGUCGAAACUCAAGGAAAGGGGUUGGGAGCAUUUGUAGGUCUUCCUGAAUUCGCAUUUAAUUUAUCAAUACAAGAUCCAGCUACUUUGACUCCAUCGGGCUAUAAUGUGAAGAAAGGAGUGUCCGUUUGGACGCAUGGAGGCAAGAAAUUACUUAACACUGACCAGUUCAUGAGUGCAGUUAAAGCAAUGAAACCCAUUUGGUACCAGGCUCUAUGUGAUAGUGAUACACCAAGAGAUUCAUCUAAAAAGCGUUUAAAUAAGGCAGUCGACCAUUCUUUAAGAUUUUUAGAUGAAUGUUUAGAGGAGCAUAAAAAAUGUAGCGAACUGGAAAAUACUUCAAUUUUUGGUACUAUUCAAGGUGGUUAUGAUUUAUUUUUAAGAAAAAAAUCUGCUCAAGAAACUGCUCUAAGACCUGUUGAUGGAUUUGUAAUUGAUGGUUUUCAUAUGAAUGGUCCCCAAGCAGAAAAUUUAGAGUUUGAAGAAAUCAAACCAAUUUUAUUAGACACAAUAAAUUUACUUCCAGCAGACAAGCCAAGGAUAUUAUAUGGUCCACUUAGACCAGAAUUUAUGAUAGAAGCUAUUAAAUGUGGAAUUGAUAUAUUUGAUUCAUCAUAUGCAUUUCAAUUGACUGAAGCUGGAGAAGCAUUAAUUUAUCCACUAGAAUCAUUAAAUAACCAUUUUAAAUCUUGUUCCGACAAUAUAAAAAAAUCACGAAAAAUAUCUAAAUUAUGUUUGCUUGACGAAGCAUUCAAGAUGGACUUGUCAUCUAUUUUAAGCACCUGCGAGUGUUACACAUGUAAACAUUAUACUCGUGCUUAUAUUCACCAUUUAUUAACUACCUCUGAAUUACUGGCAUAUAUAUUGUUGAUGAUUCACAAUCUUCAUCAUUUGUUGGAAUUUUUCAAUGCAAUCAGAAUUGCGAUGCAAAAGGCUGAAUAAUAUUUAUGAAAUUAA